AUUAAAGAUAUCAUUAGUUGGACCGUAACCGGUGUUUUCCAGUCUCUGUGCUGUAUCUAUAGAUACUCACAAUUCACGACUUCUUAUCAGUGUUGAUUCUUAGCCGGCACAUCUUCAAUUCUCUAAUCAGUCUUUGUCGGUUCCUCCGUCCUCGUCCUUCCAGACAUACUUUAUUAAAUAUUGUUGACCGUUGAUAUUAAACAUUGAAAUAAAAGUCGGGUACGCACUACGAACAUUAUGAAAGUUGAUAAACUUAUUUUCUUUCCUGUAUAUGUUUUUUUCUUAUCGAUUGUACAUUUUAAAACUAUUGAAUAAGGAACUAAACUUCGGACUAAUACAUAAUUAAUUCACAAUUUAAUACAACAGUAAAGACGAUCGCACAUGGUUCAUUCAAUAAGUAAAAUAGUAUUUAAUAAAAAGGCAACAUAACGCGCACCAUUCGAACCGGUAACCUCCAUUUUGAGAACCCAUCGUAAUCAAUGGUAAAAGUGCAUUGCCAACAUCAUAUCUAUGGCAUGUAAAACCUUCCUCGGGGCAACUGACAACACUCAACAGGAGCAGUCUUCAAUUGACUACACUUUCACUUUUUUAGGGUUUUAAAACAGUUCACCUUUCUUUUAGAAUAAAUAUUCAUAAUAAUUUUUGUACAUAUUUAAUUUAUUAUGAGUUUUGAUGAUUAUGAGACUUUACCAACGUCCAACGUGACAGAUCACAUGAUGGCUGGUGCCAUUGCUGGAGUCAUGGAACAUUGUGUUAUGUACCCUCUAGAUUCUGUGAAGACUCGGAUGCAAGCAUUUAUGCCGGCCAGAAAUAUUGGUAGUCAAGGAAUCGGUACUAUCCUGAUUGAUAUGAUAAAACAAGAAGGGUAUUUAAGACCAAUGCGUGGUAUGGGCACUGUAAUAGUUGGUGCUGGACCUGCUCAUGCACUUUACUUUGCCUCCUACGAACACCUAAAACAAAAAAUUUCACAUCGAACUUCAUUAAAUAUGACCGUAUGUUCUGGUAUUGCUGGAUGUGUAUCAACUAUUAUACAUGAUGCAAUCAUGACACCAACUGAUGUUGUAAAACAACGAUUGCAGAUGUCUAAUUCACCAUAUAAUGGUAUUCUGAAUUGUGUAAGCUCAGUUUGGAGAACGGAAGGAAUCGGAGCAUUUUACCGCUCAUAUAUGGUGCAAUUGUGCAUGAACGCACCGUUUCAAGUCGUUCAUUUCAUGGCGUAUGAACACUGUCAGAACUUUUUGAAUCCAGAUAGAAUAUACAAUCCUUUAUAUCACAUGGUAUCAGGUGGUGUUGCGGGUGGUCUUGCAGCUGCUAUAACCACACCAUUAGAUGUAUGCAAGACAUUACUAAAUACACAAACUACGAAUGUCAAAGUAAAAGGUCUUUUCCGGGCCGUAGCCACAGUCUAUACACUUGGUGGCGUUCAAGGAUUUUUUAGAGGUAUGGCCGCUCGUAUUAUUUAUCAAAUGCCAUCAACUGCCAUCUCGUGGACGACUUACGAGUUUUUCAAGUUCGUUUUAAUAAAAAAAUCGAAGAUUACUGAUGAUCGAUCUACCCCGCCACCACCUCCUCCUUCGGCACCUACAGUGGGUAAUGAAAUAAUAAUGACUAAGACCAGUGUGAGGUGUGAUUUACCUGUAGCGACGAGACCACGUUUGUACAAUCACUAUAGUGUUAGGGACGAAGGGUCUACAGGUCAACCGUUUUAGGUUAGUGAUCAUAAAGUUACCUAGCUAGUAGCUGAGUAAUGGACGGAUGUUAGUUUUUUUAUAAAUAUACAUAUUGUUUUUUUUAUUUUAAUUUUAUUAUAAUUUUUUUUGUUUUGUAAUUUUGUUAUAAAUUACAACCUUUUGUUGUGUGUCCUAAGAUCAAGUUUUUUUGUUCCGGGUAUUCAGUAUUAAAUUAUUUUAUAAACAUAAAUAUUGAAACUCCGAGUCCGAGUAAAGUCCACAACGGAUCAAGCUGUAUAAAUCCUGUAUUGAAAAUUAAAUGAGCAUCGAUGUAGACGUGAACAGUCUUUUAAAGAGAGUUGUUUCGAUACUUAUCGUUAUUCUUGUUUGAAGAGUUUCAAAUAUAAUAGUAGAUGGUUAGCUCUCAUAUUUGUUUUAUCCGUAACUUCAGACAGAUAAUAUAUUAUAUAUGAUUAAUGUUACAUACUUUUGUUUUGAUUUAAUCCAAAUAUUAUUUAUACCCGAAUUACAUGAACAAUAUUGUACCUACCACCUUAUCCGUUUAGCUCACGUUAUCCCUAUAGAAAUAUGUAUAAUUUAAUAUGAUCAAAACCAAAGAAUAUAUUGUAUGUAUAUUUAUGUCUGUGUGUAAUGUUAACAUUUUAUUUGUAUGUACAAUAUAUUUGUUUGGCGAUACAUCUAGAAAAGUAAUUGACACUUAGUGUAUACAAUUUUGUACUUCUGUAUAAAAACUAAUUUACAUCAAAUUUGAAUUAUGUAACUUCUAAAUGCUUAUAUUUUCAUUUUGACAUAAUUUAUUCUUAAAAUUUAAUCUGAUAUAUGUUUCACUAGGUACUAUGAAUACAACUAAAUAAUGAUUGUAAAUUAUGUAUUCAUAUCAAGUACAAUAACCAAAACAUUUGUGUGUAAUAUAUUGUUUUACAUUUUAAACUAUAAUAAAUGUUUUAUAAUGUAAAUACAAAUUAUAAAUUGUAUUUAAUUAUAAAACAUAAUUCAUUAAUCAGUUUGAUAUAGAAACACAGUAUAAGACAUUUUGUUCACAAAUCCAUUUUGCUUAUGCAUUUUUGGUCAUAUCUCUUUACUAACACAUGUUUGUGUAUUUUAUUUAUAAUAAUUUUGUUAGUUUUGAUUUAUGAGACAAACUUGGUCUAGUCUUUUAUUACGUUAACCACACAAACCUUUAUAUUUCAAGAUUCUUCAUUUGACUGUAAUAAUAAUUGCUCAUACCUAUUUCUAAACCGUAACGGCCAUAUGGCUUAUGAUAAAAUUAUUGUAUAGGUAUUUCAUAAGUUUAAUGUUAUUAGUGUCUUGCGUUUUACUUUACUCUAAUAAAAUUAUUAUAAUAACAAAAAAAAAAAACAAAAUAAAUUUUAAAAAAUUAGCCCAAAACUAUAUUAAGAACUAUUACAUACCGGGUAUAUAAUUUUUUAAUUUUUAAUAUUGAGUUAGAGUUAAAAACAUGUUAAAUUGUCUUUUUGUCUGUGAUAUGUUUCAUUUAUUAUUAUUACUAUUUUAUUAUAACUUUUUUUUUUGUUAUAUAAUGUGUUUUGUUAUUAUAACGAUGUUCACUUUGGAGGAAAGUAAUAUCAUUAUGUUAACGUUUUAAAUAAAUUUGAAAUAAUUUUAUUUUUGUAUAAAAUUUAAUUAGUUUUAUAAAAUUGAAAACAUAAAAAUGUGUAACUUGUUAAAAUGAUUUAAAAAAAAAAGUGUGAACAAUGAUCUAAUAUCUAUGUAUGAAGAAAUCGAGUUGAAAUAAUUCAAUAAUUUCAUUAAAUAAUACCAUUGAUUAUAAUCUAUAUAGUAUUUAUACUCAUUCAUUAUAAAUUUGUAAGUGCAUCACGAUACUGCAUGAUAUUACCAAGCAGUUACAGCUUAUUUUUAUAAUUGUAUAUGUAACACAAGUAUUUUUUAAAUGAAUAGAUUUAAUUUCUUCUACCUAUGUCAUAAUAAUUAAUGAACAUAAACAGUUUUCACGCAUUAAAAAUUAUUUUACAAAAUACUUUUGUAAUAUGCAUGUUAAUUUACUGUAAACAACUACUAUCUUUAUCGUAGUAUAUAUUUUGUAUAACUAUAAAUAUUCCCAUAAGGACAAUAAUAGCACAAUCGUAUGAAAUAAGUUAGUAAGAUCACAUUUCUAUAAUAUCCAAAAUGUAUUUGGAUAAAAUAUUUUGUUGAAGCAUUAACUGUUCAAACGAUUGUGUAUUCUUUUAAAUGUUGACUCAUUUAAUCAAUGCGGUUUCAAAAUAAUAAACUGUAAGUGAUUCUUUAUACAUAAGUUAUUAUUCAAAGUGAUAACCUAUCUUGUUAUGUGUUUUGAAAUUUUGUUUAAAAUUACUAUCAGUAUACUUUCAUUGUGCUGAAAAUGAAAUAAAGUAAAAUAUUUGUUGCUAA